UUGCUGGUUGGCCAGCUAGAAAUGACGAUACACAUGCGCGGAAGCAUUUCAGCAGAGAUGUGUAAUUUUGUUAGACAGCAUAAACAAUCUCUGAUAUUUUACAACAUUAUCAGAUGUUAUUGUAUGAAUUCUGAUUAUUUAAUCUAAUCAAUGACAAACUAGCAAAGCAAUCAAGACACUAUCAAAAUGUCUGCCACUUGCAACUGUACCGAGCAUGUCAACAAACUCAACCAGCAGAUAUCUGUCAUGCGAAAAGAAAUCAAGAAUCUCAGGCAAUUGUUGGACAGUGCUGUUCGUUCUCAUCGAAAACACAUGACAUCUCUCCAGUCUGCUUUGACACACAUUGGCCAGAGUCGAUCUCCAAAGAGUCAGCCGGGGUCACAGGCAGAACUAGAGACACAGAAUUCACUUGAGAAAGGGACCAUCCAGACAGUCCCCAUAGGUUACAUCAGCUCCUGUUUCUCAGUGAAGAAUGGCACCCCCAGACAGCCAACCAUAUGUGGGSCCUCCAGGGCCACCCUUCAGAUCCAGCAGAGUGUCUUCAACAACCCUGAACACUCACUGGUCGGCCUGGACAACUACUCUCAUGUCUGGAUCAUCUUCCUGUUCCAUAAGAACGGCCACCUGAGUUAUAAGGCUAAGGUGAAGCCACCCAGACUGAACGGCCAGAGGGUUGGGGUGUACUCCACACGUAGCCCCCACCGGCCCAACGCCCUGGGUCUGACCCUGGCCAAGCUGGACAGAGUCACAGGUGACACACUUCAUCUGAGUGAGAUAGACAUGAUCGCAGGCACCCCUGUCCUCGAUAUCAAACCCUACAUCUCUGACUAUGACUCCCCACACAGUAGACUGGACAUUGACACGAAUACUUAUGACUCUGGCGUCCAACCUGAGAGCGCCAGUGUACCAUCAGAAGAGGGGACCACCAGU